CACCAGUGAAAAACACAAGUGCACGAUCAUGGCUGGGCCGACAACACGCAAGAAGGGAGCGCACUGCAAGAAGAAGGGCUACAAGCGCGCGCACGCGACCAAGAGCCGAUCGCGUGACAUCGACCAGAUUCAGGAUGACCUAAAGAAGGAAGUCGCGACGGGUGCGAAGAUCGCGUUCGAAGCGGACGAAGACCUACCUGGUCUCGGCCAGUUCUACUGUACGCCGUGUGGUCGCCACUUCAUCACAGCCAACGCCCGCGAUGUCCAUAUCGUGUCCAAGGUCCACAAGCGUCGGCUGAAGGACGUGGCGCAGGAACAGUACACCCAGAACGAAGCUGAACGCGCGGCGGGGAAGUCCAUCGAAGCGUAUACCCCCGCGCACGCCCCUGCCGCCGCGGUUGCCUCGUCAUAGAUCACCCCAAUAUUGUAUACACCAUUAUAACACCUUUCGUAUCAUCGUCGCUGCGAUGUAUUAGCCGCAUUACAGUACCGGCGCCAUGUAACUUUAUUCACUGACCUUCCAGCAGUCCCCAGUUAUGUUUGUGUAAUACUUUGACUAUAACAGCAUUCAUAAACCUGUACUAGUUCG